ACUCUUCUAUCAUUUCCACAAACAACUACCUUCACUUCCUAGUUUCAUCCUAGAAACACAAAUCAACCCACAGAAGUAGAGAAAAAAACAGAGAUCAAGAUGGCUGAGAAGACCCACCAAGCUUAUCCUACAGCCCAAGCAAAUGGUUACACAAGAAGCGAUGGAGAAUCUUUGGUAUCUGAAGAUGAACUCAAGCGCAAGAAGAGAAUCAAAUUGUUUACCUACAUUGGUAUCUUCAUUGUGUUUCAGAUCAUAGUGAUGACCGUAUUUGGUCUCACCGUGAUGAAAGUCAAGACCCCCAAGGCCAGGUUGGGCGAAAUCAGUGUCCAAAGCCUCACAUAUGUCCCUGCAACACCUUCAUUCGACACAAAGUUCACAACCCAGAUAAGGAUCAAGAACACAAACUGGGGUCCUUACAAAUUUGAUGCAGGAACUGCCACGUUCCUGUACCAAGGCACUACUAUUGGGAAAAUUGAUAUUCCCAAGAGUAAGGCUGGCAUGCGUUCUACUAAGAAGAUCAAUGUCGAGGUGAGUUUGAAUGCUGAUGCUUUGCCAAGCAGUUCCAAACUUGGAAGUGAAUUGAGCAGCGGGGUGUUGACACUGACGAGCCAAGUUCAAUUGAAAGGCAAAGUCGAAUUGAUGCUCAUAAUGAAGAAAAACAAGAAUGCUUCAAUGGACUGCACCAUAGCCUUCGAUUUGUCAUCAAAGACGGUCAAGAGCUUAGAAUGCAAAUGAUCAGAUAAGCUAAACAGUGAGUGAUGGAGGGUGGAGCUAGGCUGCAUCUACCACAUGGAUUGCCAGAGGAUCAAAGUCCUAGUUCUUAAUUUUCUAUUGUAUUGUUACUUUUUUAUUCUUUUAUUCGUUUUGUGAAUUGAAGCAUAUGUAUUUGUUAUGGAGUUUAUAAACUAUUAUGGUGUUUAUUUAA